AUGUCAUCAUCUUUGACUGAAGCCGAGACAGAGAAGUUCAGAACUUUGUUCAAUGUAUUUGAUAGGAGAGGAGAUGGAAAGAUUGAUAUGAUCGACUUGGCAAUGACAAUGACCUCUUUGGAGAAUUGGGGAGAGGUCGUCAGUGGCUUGUCUGCCACCACCCUUAUGAAAGAAGUCGACACCAACCAUGAUGGCUCAAUCGAGUUUGACGAGCUCCUCAAGGUGAUGGAGAAUGCCAAGCAGUCGGGCACCAACACCGGCUUUGCCAGCGUCGUCGAGAUGGUCGAGAGGGCCACCCUCCUCAGAGAUAACACUGUCAAGGAGGAUGUGAGGUUUGCCAUUAUCAACUGGAUCAACACUGUUUUGGCCAACGACACCGACCUUAAGGACAGGCUACCAGUCUCCACCGAGAGCGAUGCCUUUGUCACGGCCUGCCACGACGGUCUCCUUCUCUGCAAGCUUAUCAACAUCGUCGUGCCCAACACCAUUGAGGAGCGUGUCCUCAACAAGCAAGACCUGACCGACGUCAGAAUCAAAGAGAACAACGUGCUCUGUAUCUACUCUGCCCGCGCCAUCGGCUGUUGCGUCGAUGAAAUCAAAGCCACUGAUCUUAUUCAAGGUAAUUCUCAAGUAAUCUUGGGCCUUGCUUGGCAGAUCAUUCAGAUUGGUCUGUUUGAAAAGAUCAACUUGAUCAACCAUCCAGAGCUCCGCCGUUUGCUAAAGGAUGGUGAGACCAAUGAUGUAUUGCUCAGGUCCACUGAGGAUAUCUUGCUACGUUGGUUCAACUUCCACCUCCAUGCGGCCGGUCACUUGCGCAAGGUCAACAACUUCACUCACGACAUCAAGGACAGCGAGUGCUACACCAUCCUUUUGAAGCAAAUCGCACCAAAGGACGUCAAUCUCAACAAGACCCUUGAGCUCCUCCCCGAGCGCAGGGCUGAGCUCGUUCUGGAGAAUGCCGAGAAGAUCGGAUGCCGCCAAUUCCUUCGUCCCCGCGACAUUGUCAGUGGAAGCUUGAAGCUCAACCUUGCCUUUGUUGCCAACUUGUUCAACAAGUACCCAGCUCUCGAGCCCGUUGAUCAGGCAGCGAUCACCCCAGAGACUCGCCAGGAGAGGAUCUACCGCAACUGGAUGAACUCACUCAACACCAAGCCUGUCAUCAACAACCUCCACGAAGGUUGCCGCGAUGCUAUUGCACCGAUCAACAUUGUAGACCGUAUCUUCCCGGGCCUGGUUGACCAGAAGAAAGUGAGCUAUCCACCAUUCAGGAGCGAGGCCAAAAUGAUUGAGAACUGCGACUAUCUGAUCUCACUCACAAAGAUGGUGAAGUACUCGGUUAUAGGAUUAUUAGGCCCAGAUAUCUACAACAAGAACAUAUAUACACUAUUGUCAAUUGUCAUGCAAUUGAUGAGAUCGUAUUAUAUCGUUCCACUGAUGGAGGGAGUCAAGGUACCGAACGAAGAAGGUAUCCUGGAGAUGGUCAACCAGAAGUUGAAGGCCAAGAUCUCGGGCUUCAACGACACUGGUCUCUGCACUGGCCGUGCCCUACUGGAGCUUAUCGAGGCCAUCCGUCCUGGCUCCGUUGAUCAAUCGCUGGUGACCUCGUCGGGCAGCGCCGAGGACAACCUUCUCAACGCCAAGCUAGCCAUCUCCUGUGCCAGAAAGAUUGGCGCCAUUGUCUACGCCUUCCCAGAGGACAUUGUUGAGGUCAAGGCAAAGGUGAUGCUCACUAUCUUUGCAGGUGUGAUUGCCGUUGAAAGACGUAAUUAA